AUGGAGUCCCACGUGCCGCGGCUCACCAGACGAAGAUCACGGUACGGAACGGUCUCGAACUCGCGACUGGCGAUCAGAGAAGAGUUCGUCGAAGGCGAACUUGGAUGGUCAUCCUUCGAAGCAAGAGAUGCCCAGAGCAAACUAAGAUACUUCGAAAGAGUGAGAUCGAUGCCUGAAAAUAGAUGGCCGAAAGCGAUCUUGAGAAUGAUGGAGCUCACUCUGAAGAAAACCAAGGCGUACCAGGAGACCGAACGACUUCGAGCAAAAUACAAGUGCUCAGACAUCAGUCUCCAAUUCGAUGUAGAAGGACGCCCGCUCUCGAAUAUCUUCAACAAAAGGAUCAAAGAGAGGAUACGAGAGACCCAAGAGGCGAUGUGGAGAGACAACAUGCUCCUCAAGACGAGCCUCAGUACCUACGCCAUGGGAAAGAAGACUCGAGGUGUAACUAGCUUCACCUACGAUAACAGUAAGGGAAGCGCCCUCCUAGCUUUGGCCAGAGCCAACAUGUUGCCAACCAGAGCCCACAAGAUGUACCCCGGAAUCGACAAAACCUGUCCCAGGUGUGGCAUCUACGAAGAGACGAUGGAACACGUCAUCUUCGAAUGCAACGACAUCUACCACACGGGAGAAGAACUCCUGUGCCACCGACAUUUUGGGAUCAAAUGUCUCGUCGCACUUUUCGGACUAGUUAGCUCAGCCUGA